GUUCAAAAGACUGGAUGGGUUGGGUAAGGGUACUCUUGAUACGUUCAAGGCAACUUGGUGGGUAAAUCUCAACGAUGGAUGGAAUUAAUGUAUCACAGACAUCUUAGGUGAUAUUACAUCAGCAUUAAUCCAUGGGGGACUGGUAGUCUCACAACAGGAUGAUUUUUGGCCUUUUCUUUUUUUACUUGGUGGGAUGGUAUGUACAUGCAUGGCCCCUCAUAUGAAGCCCUGGCCACUGGUGAGCAACUGCCACACGGACCAAGAAAACAAAAGAAUACGACGUGGCCGCUACUAGUCAAUACAAUGACUGAACUCAUAGAUUCAUUGUGAUUAGCCAAGAUGAGAAAGCUGAUCCCUGUGCAUUGAAAGUUUAAGGAAAAAGGUCUCUCAUGUAUUGCAUAAUUUUAUCACCUAAAUUUGCUUCAGUACUUUGCAGUUCAAGCUGGCACCCGAUAAAAGUGUUUACUACCUAGGAUUAAAAUCUAUUUGCUGAAUGGAUAUGAGCAAAUCACCACUGAUGAAAAGGGAUCAAACUGAAAACAGUGGGAUCAGUGCAGGAAGGAAUGGAGUCCCGGCCUCCUACCGUCUCUAUAGUAACAGUGGUAAACAAGAUGUCAGAGGACCUGUGAAGAAGCGCAAGUCUACACUAUUCAUUGUUUUCUUAAUAUUUCAACCAAGAAGUAUGCCGAAGAAAAAGGGAAAGAAGGGAAAGAAAGCGAAAGGAAAGGGACAGAAAGAAGGCAAACGUGAGUCGAAAUUGGAUAAAGAGUCUGAUGUGGAGAGGGCUAAAGCCAACGCAACCCUGUGGGAGGCCAGACUGGAGGUGACGGAAGGUUCACGGGUGGAAUAUCGUGAAGCUGCUCGCAGACUAGCCAGGGCCAAUGAAGAACUCACAAAUCAGCAGUAUAGAGCUGAGAAGGACAUGAUUGAUAUAAUUGCUUUCCUGAAGAAGAAAGACCUUGAAAAAGAAGCAAAGAUUGUUGCCCUGGAAGAACAGCUAAAAGAGCAGAAGUCAAAAGCCUUACAAGAAAAAGAGCUUGUAGUUGCGGAGUAUAUGCAGAAGGUUAAUGAGCUGGAGGAGAAGUUUAAGAAGAGGUCCAAUGAUUUCCGCAUGAUUCAAGUGGAACUGAAGAACAUCAAGGAGUUCCACAAGAAGAAGGCCCAGAUGGAACAAGAGCUGAGCACUAUUAAAGAAAGUAUGUACAUUGCUGACCGUGAACACAAGGACAGUCUUGCAAGAAUGGAGCACAAAUUCUUCAGUGAGAAGGUUCGUUUAGAAAAGGAAGCGGAGCAGAGAAUUGCUCAGCUAGCAGAGAAAGCCCACAAUGAAGCGAUUGUGCAGCUGGAUGAUGCGUCCCGUUCUGUGUUCAAGGAGAAUGUGCGUUUGAAUGAGGCACUGGGGUACCACCUGAAAGAGGUGGAGGAGCUGAGGAAGACCAAUGAGGCCCUAGCAAGGGAGAACGCCUCCCUUACCCUGCAUAAGGAGACGAGUGAGCUGAUGACGAAAGAGAAUGUGGCCCAGCUGGCGGCUCAGCGGAGCGAGAUCUCUGAGCUCAGGGCCAGAGUCGCCACACUGGAGCAGGCCCUAAGCAUCAUGGCAGGCGAGUUUGAGCGGGAGAAGGCAGCUGUGCGGGAACGUGCUGUGGUCAGUGCUCAGGCCGGCAGCGUGGAGCUGGAGAAGCUCCAGAAGCUGCUGUCCAUGCGUGAGCAUGAGAUGAGCCGAGUGAAGCGGCUGGCGCGCGGAAUUGUGGAGCAGCGCACAGAGCUUGAACUUUUCUUCCAUGAGGCUCUGGCUCAGGUUAAGCAGGAGAUCGCAGCCAGCCAGCUCCAGUACAGACAGAAAGCAAUGGAGGCAUAUCGCAGACGAAUGAGCGAAGCACGGACAGGGAGGACAGAGUACCCCCGCAUACGCACGUUCAACAAGGCUCCCCACAGCACCAACAAUGUUUACACUGACCUGGAAGAGGCUGAGAAGUGGAACAACCUGCAGAGCUCUAAAGUGGACAUCUCUGAGCUGACCUGGGAGCAGAAGGAGCGAGUGUUGCGACUGCUCUUUGCAAAAAUGAAUGGCUUAAAAAUAAGGAAAGCAGCCGAGCCUCUGGCUCUGAGAGCAUCCUCUAAGGGGGACCGCAGUGGCAGCGAUCCAGGGGCCACAGAGGGAGAAUCACAUGCUACCUUCAUAACCCAGGCAGUGGUGUCCAACAUGACCUCCAACCCCAGCAGCCUCCCAGAUCUACAGACCACCUGAGUCUUGGU